AGCCGAGUGCACAGCAUCAUGCUGGGUUGAGGAGAAGAGCUGUAAGUGCUGCUGCCAGUUUACAGAGUGUCAGGAACCAGAGUCAGGAACCAGAGCUCUUCCUUCAAGCCCCUGUGCGACCACCCCAGAAGACUCCUGUAACAAUGUCUUCAAUUAACCAGAGUAGCAUCAAUCCUCCAUCUCCAGAAGACUCCAGCAAUGGGACAGAUGCCGCUAUGAUUGGGGGUGUUAUAGCCGCCUUGGUCGUGGUUAUUGUGGUUCUUGUCAUAGUAGUACUCCGUUACCUGUACCGACACAAGGGGACAUAUCACACCAAUGAGGCCAAAGGCACAGAAUUUUCGGAAAACGCAGAUGCAGCUCUGAAGAAUGACCCAUCUCUGCAGGAAGCUGUAGAUGAAUCAAAGAAAGAGUAUUUUAUCUAAGUGGAAGCCCUAUAUGGAAAUCGCUGUAAAGCUCCUCUCUGUUCUAACUGGAUGGUCUACAAAGGGUUUACAUUUGGAAACACUACUAUUUGACGAGUGUACUAAAUCUGAGAUCUCUAUUUAACAGGGGGGAAUAUUAUACAGUAUCUCAGGGGAUCAUGACUAACAUGCUGGAUUAAGUACUGGAAAAGUUGUUCAUGACAUCUGACUUUCCAACCAGAAGGCUGGGUGUCUGAUGUAUGAUAUAACACUCAGGUGUUCAUGACGGAUCCUCGAGGCACAGCAGUAAAGGAAGUAAUGGAGCCUUUCCACUGAGGACCUGUUUUUAAUGGAUGCAAACCUAUAACAACUGCACUCGCUAAUGGAAACAUUCAUUUUUACAAAAGCAUAAAAAUGUCCUCAUUAAACCUUACACCCAAUACUAACACUUUACUAUGAACUCUCUGGCUUCAUGUUGUUACAGUUUUUAUCCAUUGUGAAACUCAAAGGUCCAUUGAUGUGUACGUGAAGCCAUAAAUUGCAAUGGAAGCUAUAAUCCAUAUACAGUACCUUACGUAUGCACAUUGUGUGACUUUGUAUGAACUGUUGCGAGUUUAUAUAUCAUCUCUUAACUCUUAAUGGCUGCUGACAAUAGGGGAUAGAGAGGCAUCUGCCUAUAGGGCUACACUAAGUAAUUUAAUCCAUUCCAAUGAUGCACUGACAAUAAUAGUCAUUUUGUUUUUACCAUGUAAUAUUAUAUUGUGAUUUUGGUCAGAAUCACUAUAAAGACAUAUUUCAUAAAAUGUUACAAGUGGCACAUUAUCUACCAUGAAAUUGUUUUUCCCUUACUACUUUAAUUUACUUGCUGAUAUGUGCCCUUCUGUCACAUGUACAUUUUCUUUCUGGCACAUAUUUGUGUAAUAAAGCCAUGGUCCUAAUUCUGAGUUGAUCGCAGCAUCAAAUUUGUCAGCAGUUGGGCAAAUCCAUGUGCACUGCAGGGGGGGCAGAUAUAACAUGUGCAGAGAGAGUUAGAUUUGGGUGUGGUGUGUUCAAUCUGCAAUCUAAAUUGCUGUGUAAAAAUAAAGCAGCCAGUAUUUACCCUGCACAGAAACAAUAUAAACCACCCAAGUCUAACUCUCUCUGCAAAUGUUAUAUCUGCCAUACCUGCAGUGCACAUGGGCCCUCAUUCCGAGUUGUUCGCUCGGUAAUUUUCUUCGCAUCGCUGCGAUUUUCCGCUAACUGCGCAUGCGCAAUGUUCGCACUGCGACUGCGCCAAGUAAAUUUGCUAAGAAGUUUGGUAUUUUACUCACGGCAUUACGAGGUUUUUUCUUCGUACUGGUGAUCGGAGUGUGAUUGACAGGAAGUGGGUGUUUCUGGGCGGAAACUGGCCGUUUUAUGGGUGUCUGUGAAAAAACGCUGCCGUUUCUGGGAAAAACGCGGGAGUGGCUGAAGAAACGGGGGAGUGCCUGGGCGAACGCUGGGUGUGUUUGUGACGUCAAACCAGGAACGACAAGCACUGAACUGAUCGCACUGGAAGAGUAAGUCUCGAGCUACUCAGAAACUGCACAGAGAAAUCUUUUCGCAAUAUUGCGAAUCUUUCGUUCGCAAUUCUGCUAAGCUAAGAUUCACUCCCAGUAGGCGGCGGCUUAGCGUGUGCAAUGCUGCUAAAAGCAGCUUGCGAGCGAACAACUCGGAAUGAGGGCCAUGGUUUUGCCCAAUUGCUAACAAACUUACUCCUGCGAUCAACUCAGAAUUACCCCCCAUAUUUAUUAGGAUCACCCUUGAAUAUGACACAUAUCUUCUGUGCACUCUUGUCCUGGAUGUAAUUGUAACAAGAGAGCAGCUUUGUGUCAUAUCUUUGGUCAGUGCCUGAAGGUGUAAUGCCAGAAAUAUGUAUUUAGUAAAAGUUGCAUGAAGCCCCAGCCAAAAAACCAGAUGAAAUGGAAUAACCCUUUACUAUAAUUGCAUGAACUUUGCUGAUUAGCUGCUUUGUGUUGCUGCAGUUUCUGCCACAGUACCCCCCCUGUUAUUAUUUAAGGCUUUAAUUAAGGUUUAGUGUUUUCUACUUAUAGGAGCAAACACGGCUGUACAGUAUUAUCCUAAAGUGCCUUGUUAUUUUAAAAAGAGUGUAUUAUUAAAAAUAUUAUAUGAUGA